AUGGAAGUAGAAAGACCAACGCCAGAUUUUAAGAACUACAAAGACAAAAGAGUAACCAACAUCAUCAACAAGGCUUCCCAGCAGUUGAGGAUAUCUGGUCUUGUCCGCAAGAAUGCUGCAAGGCGUUACAUAACGAUAACCAACAGCCAUGCCUCCCUGAAUGCCAAUGUCCACGCAAAGGCCGUUGCUAAGGGUCUUUUGACCAAGAACCCUAGCAAUCUGGACCGCCAAAUGAUAAGGGGAGCUAGUAAUCUAGAACGUCACAUGGUAGUGAAAAAGACUGGCGAACUUGAACCACCACUUUCACGGAAACCCAAGAUAUACUUGAAUAGAAACCGACGAACAGACGUGACCCGGGUUUCGAGUUAUCCUGACAUGACCUACAGGAGAGUUGUACACGCAAGGUCAAUGGCAAGAAUGGCUACCAGAACCGAUAUCCUUAAAGCCAGAGAGUUAAUGACGGAAGUUAUAGACCCUAAUAAAGCCUCGACAUUUUCCCUGACCAAAUCUGAUGAACCUGCCAUGAGAGUUCGGCCGGUUAUAUCUCGGGAGUCCAGCAGGGUCGACAACAACGUGAAAAUUACUAUCAACAGGUACAAUAGCACUGUAUCUCCAAAACGAUCCGAUACCAUUCCGAGCAGGUCGGAUACAUCGCUCAGCAGAUCCGAUAUAAUGCGUAGCGCUGACCAGUCUGCCACUCCAGCCACAGCCUCUAGGAGAAACAAAACCCACCCGGAGUCAAGCAGAGAAGCCACUAUAUUGUACAACACCAGACGUCCGACUAAAAACGCCAAGUCUUACCUGAAACCUGUACUUCCAAGAAUGUUCUCGGGAAAUGUUCCGUUUUUGUUCAAGCUAAAUGGACCUAUUCUUCUGACUGCACCACAUGGUAUAAAGUUAUGGCGUGGUGGGACAGACGGAAGGAAGAAGAGGAUACACUACAGAGAGAUCUGGUCUACGGAGAUUGUCCUCAAGUUGGCUGCCCAUAUCAACAAGUACAUGGGUAUUCCAGCCAGCUUCAUGAUAUGGGACAGAAGAAUAGCUGCACCGCUUGACCAUAAGAAUCUCGACCCUAACUACCUCACAGAAGAACAGCUUGCCAUGUCGCCAUGGCAUGAAGCCCUUCUUCAAUUCAAGCGGUUCGGAAAGCUUAACAAUUGUCCACUUUUACACAUCGAUGUUCAUGGAAAGAAAAACCGGAAAACAAACCUGGAUGUUGACUUCGGUUUCAAAGCACUGGAAACUCGCUGGGAGGACCAAGGUUUUGUAGGAUGGGUGAAAUCCGAGGCGGAAACUUCGUUCAAUAAACUGUUCGACAUGCCUUGCUGUGAAACUAAUGAUGACACAAAGUAUACAACUAACGUUAAUCCUAGUCUGUGUGGUGACUGGGGAGGCGACCUGUACACCAUGACUUGUCAAUCGGUGUGUUUAGGGGUUCCCGCCUUCCAACUUGAGAUUCCAAGGAGUAUAAGAACACACCUGAUAGAUGAUGAAAUUUUCAUGAACAAGUUUGCUAAAUGUAUAGUAGAUAUUUACCGGACAUGUAUCUCGUUAAAUUCUGAUGAAGAGUGUGAUAGCAGAGUGAGAGAGAAUAGAAUUCUCUCGGAUUACAUUGACAAAUUAUUCAACGAACAUCUUAAAAUCCAAAAAGUGGCACGGGAAAAGCAAAUUUGA